CCAACACGGGAAAAAGAAACCGUCUGCGACAUAUUUAGCAGUCGUGGAACUUGUUAGGUAGUCAGAGUUAGCAGGGCAAUGUAAAUUUAUAAGGUUAUUUUUACUUGCUGUAACUUAAGACACGUCGUUUUUAGACAAGUCGUAAAGAUGUUCCAAAAGUGAAGUCCCUGUCAAACAAAGCAAAUUUUAAAUGAAGUUCUGAACAGUAUAUUUAGCUCGUUUUUUUUCUCUCGAAAAAAGGAUAUUUCUGUAGUUUAAUGGUUUUGGUGACGGUAGAGGAAACGUGUUUCUUGGCUAUUUAAAGUUAAAAGUGAUCGAUUCAGUCACUAACACUGGAGGAGUGUGCCAUACAAUGAAAAAUCCGUGUAACAGCGUUGCGAAAGUUGUUAGUUUGACGUGUAUCUCUAUGCGCAUGCACUAAUUAGGCGUCAGCGCGUGGACAUUUCAUGCUUUCUUUCAUAUUUUGAAAAUAUUCAGUGGGCAAAUUGCUUUACAAAACUAGAUCUCCUGCACCGCCAGGGGCCGACUUUCUCAACACCGUCUGAGACAGUGAUGGUGAAAGAUACCAUGUAAUCUUAAAGUCUGAAGUAAUAGGCUUUUUUUCCCCGACAGUGGUCAAGAGAAGAUGACAGACACGCAGAGUAAAUUACAUUAGAGUGACGCAACCUCUUGUGUCCGUGUCUGCUGGGAGGCAAAGUCCCAAACCAUGAAUAUUGUUGGCCAGUUGGCAGAGACAGUGUUUGUGACGGUGAAGGAGCUGUACCGUGGCCUUAACCCCGCCACUCUCACCGGAGGCAUCGAUGUCAUUGUGGUACGUCAGCCUGAUGGAUCGUUCCAAUGUUCACCCUUUCACGUCCGCUUUGGCAAGCUCGGUGUGCUGCGCUCCAAGGAGAAAAUUGUGGACAUUGAGAUAAAUGGAGAAUCAGUUGACCUGCACAUGAAGCUAGGGGUCAAUGGUGAAGCUUUUUUUGUGGAAGAAAAUGAAAAUAUGGAGUCUCAGGUCCCAGCCCAUCUGUGCACCUCCCCAAUACCUCUUGAGGUCCCUGAGGAAAUAGAGGAGACCCCUGAGGGAUCCUCCGUCGCUGGGUCUGGCGCCCGCAGAAAGAAACGCCGUCGCAAACGCAUGCGCUCUGAUACUCACCUGAGAGAAGACAACUCUUCAUCAGAUGAGAGAGAAAGAGAGAAGGAGUGGGAGAGAGAAAAUGAUCAGGCUGGACAGGAGAGUCUGGCUCAAGAGGAGCUUGUCUCGCCAUUACAAGUCAAUAAAUCGGUGUACUACUCGCUGUCUGAGGAGCCAAAUGAGGAGGUGGCGACCACGCAGACCAGAGAAACUCAUCCUCACUCGGAUGGAGAGCAGUCACCCUCGGAAAGCAGUGUGUUUUACAGUCGGCCAUCCUCUCCUAAGAGUGACUCUGAGCUUCUGGUUAAACCCCAAGAGUCCUCUGGGCCUCAGAUGCAGUGGAACUGGGGAGGUUUUCCCAUGCUGUGUCAAUCACAAAGGACACCAGUGGAGUUACAGCGUAUCUCCCCUUCUGGGAAUUCUCAUUUCCGCACCAUUGAGAGACAGGACUCCUUUGACAUGGGUUUACGGCCUGUGAUUAGCUGUGGCAGAGUGGGCAGCGUGACAGUGGUCAGACCACAACCCAGGACUCACUCCCUAGACCUAGGUGGCUACGCAAUGCAAACCACCCCUUUAUUCAAUGAGAGAAACUCUCACAUUGCCCAUUCUACCCCCAGUGACCUUUCCAAGCCUUGCGCAUCAUCAGUGAAGACUGGUGUGGACUCACGACAAACACUUGAAUCCAAAUCAGGGGACAAGAAGAAGAGGGACUCAUCUUCUUCUGUUAGUCUGUUUAAUGGCAACGAUUCCCUCGGUAGCAAAGAAAGCACAGUCAGUGUUGAGCAUGUUAGCACUGUGACUGAUGCAGUUAGUACAAUUAGUGGGGUCAGUGUUAUCAAACCAGACAAAAAACAGAAAGAAAUAGAAGACAGUGAAAACUGCACAGUCACAAUAAGAAGUCCAAAUAGCACAGAAUCAUCAAAUCUACAAGAGCAGGGUGCUUCAUCCAAACAAGGUGAACAGGGUUCAACCAGUAGUGCCCCUGUCAGUGAAGGGGACAGUGGGAUAGAUCCCUGUGCUGAGGCAGGGGAAGAGGACGGCGGACCUGCAGUAAUGGAUGGGGAUGGGUCAAGCGGAGGCCCACUGACCAACAAGACUUCACCAGAAGCUGAAGUGGGAGAAGAGGGGUUAGCAAACUCUUCUGAGGCAUCUUCCCAAGUGGAGCAACAGGGCAAGAAGAAAGGUUGUUUCUUUUUAAUUUAA